AUGCCUAUAUAUGGUUCAAUGUUCAAUAUUUUAUCCAGAAAUAUCUCUACAUCAACAAUAUGUAAUCAAAUAAUAAAAUUGACAAGAUUAAGAGUUGUAGAUAAUAGUGAAAUUGGAAAACAAGCUAUGAUGGAAGGAAAACCACCACGUUGUAUUCAUAUUUAUAAUAAAAAAGGAAUUGGUUAUAUAGGAGACAGAGUAUUAGUUGCCAUAAAGGGUGAAAAGAAAAAAGGUAUAUUGGUUGGUUUGAAACAACAACAAAAUCCUAAAGUUCCAAGAUUUGAUAGCAAUAAUAUAGUUCUUAUAGAUGACAAUGGUACACCUUUGGGUACUAGGAUCCAUGUACCAAUUCCUCAUAUUCUUAGAACAAUUAUGAAAAAGAAGACACAUAGCAAAGGUGCAGAUUAUACAAAAUUAUUAGCUAUUGCUACUAAGUUCGUAUAAUAUUUAUUUAUAAAUAUUAAAUUAUUUAUCUAUUUUAAAUAGUUGAAAAUUUUGUUAUAAUAUAUAUGUGAAUAUGCGUAUAUAUGUAUGUGCAUUUAUGUAUUAGUACACAAAAUUUAAAAAAAAAUAAAAUGUCAAAAUUCAAUACUAA